AUGCUUGCUAAACAAGAAUGGAGGCUGCUUACUAAUGAUACAUCUCUUCUUGCUCGUUCUCUUAAGGCCCGAUAUUUCCCUCGUAACGAUUUGCUUCUUGCUAGAAAUGCUCAUAACCCAUCUUUUGCAUGGAAAAGUAUUCUAGUGGGCAGAGAUUUACUUGGGGCUGGUUUGGCAUGGAAAUUGGGCAACAGAGAUCGUAUACGAAUUGGUUUAGAUCCUUGGCUACCUAAUGGGAGAGGGCAGUUUGAACGUGCUAAUGUGCUUGGUGAUGGUGCAGGUUUGCGGGCUAGAGAUCUAAUGAAUGAGGCAGAUUACACAUGGGAUUUGAGAAAGCUGGAGGAGGUACUGGACCACAGAGACCGUUGGAAGAUUCUGGUGCAAAUGAAAGGGAGGCCUUAUGAGCUGGAUAAGCCAUUUUGGCCUAGUGGAAAGCUUAAUGAGUACUCUAUUAGGUCUGGUCACCAUCUUGCGAUGGAGUUGCGAAUGAGAAAUGAGGCAUCUUCAUCAUCUCCGUUUAGGAUUUUGUGGAGUUGGAUUUGGAACCUUGAUGUUAUCCCAAAAGUGCGUCAUUUUAUGUGGAAAUGCCUUGCUGGUGCUCUCCCUUCGGCUAUGGGUUUGAGGAGUAGAGGUGUUGAUAUUGAUCUUGUGUGUCGACGGUGUGGCGAACAUGAAGAAAAGGUGGAACAUGCGCUUCGUGAUUGUAAGUGGAUUGAGAUGCUUUGGGCUGUUUCUCCUAUUCGGCUCUCGCCGAUGCAGACGGUCUGCUCCAUUCCGGAUUGGUUCGACAAAAUACAUAGUUGUCCUCAAAUGGAGACCCAUGCACAGUUCGCUACUCUUGCUUGGUCCAUCUGGUACGCUAGGAACCUGCUAGUUUUCCAGCAAAAAGAGAUGACUCAGGUGGAGUGUUUGGCGACUGCUCUCCGUUCUCAAUGGACAUCUCCUAUGCCUGCUACUCAGAUUCAGCCUUGGGCAUCCCGGGUGGCUUGCAGUCGGGAAGGACAGUUGAAGGUCUCGAGUGAUGUGGCGGUGAAAGAUGGGGUUGGUAUUGGUAUUGGUGUGGUGAUGAAAGAUGGGGAGAAUAAUGUGGUUGGUUGUGGAGUGUUCUCUGCUAUUGAAGGUGAAGCGUUGGCGAUGCUUGAAGGCCUUUUUCUUUGCCGGGAACGAGGGAUCACGGAUGCCAUUUUCGAAACAGAUUGCCAAUCUCUUUUCUGGAUUGUGUCCAAGAAGGAAGCUGAUCUUUCUUACCUGGGAACAACCUUGAAUGCAAUCUAUGGGUUGUUAAGUUUUUUUCGUCAUGCUGUUUUUAGUUGGUCGCCUCGUGAUAGUAAUUUGGAUGCCCAUAGUUUAGCUUCUUUUGCCUUGUGUAAUUCUGCUCCUUUUUCCUCUGCCGUAGAGCUUCCCUCUGCUGUAAACUCUUCUUGA